GUCAGACGGCCACGAGCGGCGAAGCAGCGUUAAUUGAACCGCUGCUCUUUAAUGAAGCUUCAAGCAAACAGCUCGGGUUGAGAUGGACGCGGUGUCGGUUCUGGGCGGUGCCGAGUGAGCAAAGUUUCUAAUGAGACUAUGAAAGCGAAGUGGAAGCAGCGGCGGCAGCUGUAGGUCGACCCGCUCCGUUAACGGAAGUAUGGACGUGGAAACCGGACCCAACCGGGACUGAGUCUCCGAACCGGUUUCAUGGCACCUUCCUCUCCCUGCCAGAUGCCUCCGCGGGGCGACAGGGGCUAUAACCCGGCGUCGGUAUCCCCUGCUCCGCCUGUCCCACCGAGGAGGGUCCGGAGCCGGGACACGAGCUCCGGCAGGACGCGGCGGUCCGGGGCCGGCACCGGGGCCGGUACCGGGGCGGCGGAGAGGCGGGUGAAGUGUGUCCUGGUCGGGGACGGAGCUGUGGGUAAAACCAGCCUGGUGGUCAGCUACACCACCAACGGAUACCCCACGGAGUACGUCCCGACGGCGUUCGACAACUUCUCAGCCGUGGUGUCAGUGGACGGACAGCCAGUCAAACUGCAGCUGUGUGACACAGCUGGACAGGAUGAGUUUGACAAGCUGCGCCCUCUGUGUUACACCAGCGCCGACGUCUUCCUGCUGUGCUUCAGUGUCGUCAGUCCUGCCUCCUUCCAGAACAUUCCUGAGAAGUGGGUCCCCGAGAUCCGGAGCCACGCGCCCUUCGCUCCCCUCGUCCUCGUCGGCACGCAGUGCGACCUCAGGGACGAUGUGAAGGUUCUGAUCGACCUGAACAAGUACCGGGAGCAGCCCGUGGACCCGUCGGACGCCCGGCGCUGCGCGGUGGAGAUCGGCGCCGUGGCCUACAUGGAGUGCUCCUCGCUGACCCAGAAGAACCUCAAGGAAGUGUUUGACACGGCCAUACUGGCCAGUCUGCAGAACUGCGGCCCGCACAAGCGCCGCAGAGGGAAACAAAGGCCGUGCAAACAGAACCGGCAGACGCCGGACAAGAUGAAGAGUCUGUCGAAGUCGUGGUGGAGGAGGUACUGUUGCGUGGCCUAGAGAGAAGCAGCAGCAGCGGGUGGAUGCAUGGACGCAGCGGAACCAGAGGAGCAGGACCUCACGCUGAGAGCCAAAGAUUUACUACUGAGCUCAGCCGGGUUUAACAGAACCUGGGCCUGUUCGCAAAGAAGAACUAGGGAUGUGCCAUUUUGUGCCAAAAUGGGCUUUUUUCCCUCCCUGGAAUUAACAUCAAGGUGAUCAAGGUCCUCUCCAACCACAGUGAAUAUGAUUAUGAUGUUCAUUCUGGUCCACAUCUGAACCUUUGUCUUCUGUGCCUCAUUCAUUUAAGUGAUGUUCAGCCCAGUGUUCUGGACUUUAGACCAGCAGAACUCCUCAUUUGAUCACUGAACAUUAUUUUUAGUUUAGACAUUUUCCACCCUGUGGUUGAGUUUUUUAUUAUUUUCUCCUGCUCACAUGCUCACAUGCUCACAUGUCGGUUUCAGGCGCUGUGUGAUUUUGGACUUUUAUGCAUCUGGAUUUUUGUUGUUUUAUUUGGUUGCUUCGAUCGCUUUGCUCCAAAGUGGGAUCAGAAUGUGAAUCAGUUUGGAAAAGACAUCAAAAAACAUCUCACACAUAACACAUUGCAAAUUAAGGGUAAUUAUGAACUAUGAAAUAAGCUCAGCUGUGCUUGAAGGGCUUUGCAGUCUGUGUAACUGGGCUGGUACCAGCGUGGUUUAAAUCAGAACCAGUCCGACUGACACUCAGCCUUAAUGGGACAGAGGGACCUUAGAGCUGUGAUGGCUCUUCCUCCUAACCAUCAUCACAUUGUUCCAACAGCCACAGCUCCGUUCGGCAACCGGGCGACUUGUAUUUGGAAUGUUCCCCCGUCCUCCAACAGCUCACGUCAGCGUUCAGGUUUCAAGGCAGGCAAAGCCUUUAAACGGGUUUCUGAUAAUAGUCUGGCCUGAUGUGUGUUUGAUUUAUCUGUCCGGAGCCUGAAGUGUGAGCACUCAACAGAAUUGGAAUUCAAGGAGCCCUUUGCACGUGUUUCAUUUACAGACUCAGCAGCUUUGCUGCAGGACAAAAGGUUCUGGACAAAGUUGGACCUCUUCUUAUUUAUUGACCUUCAAUUUGAUUUCCCCUGUGUCGCUCCUACACUACACAGCAUCUGUACCUGUUGUGUUAAAGCUGCAGCUUCCUGUGUCUCCUCCAGAAUCAAUUUGAUAGGUUAAUGCAGAUGUUUUGCUGAGAUUCUUCUUCUCUUGUCUGAACGAGCUUGCACCAGCACUCCCACCUCUGGUUCUGGCCAUUUUGUUAACAGUGGGAUUUAGUCAGAGACAGAUCCAUUUUCUUAGCGUCAAAUAACUGUUAUAACUGUUAGCCCAGAGCUAAAAGGGCUCCUGUUACCGCUACGUGGUAACAGGAGUCCUGGGUCAGGAUUAGCCGUGGGGUGAGAGGCUUGAUCAUUUUCCGAGGGCGGAGCUGUUUUUCUGUUUUUCGUCGCUACCUGACGUGCUACUGUGUUUUUCUGUGCCUGUCGUCUCGUGGCUUUUUUUUACUGGCAUUCUGGAAGUUGACUCAGAGCAAAUGUAAUAGUUUGGUGUAAGUCCGGCAUGUAGCUUUGAAUGAGGUUUGUUAAGUGAGCAGGCCGGAGGAAACAUGGGGGAUUUCUGACUAACGCUCCUCAGACUCUUGAAGAUGCUGAUAAUGAUUAGGACAUUUGUUGAGAAACUAAACACACUUACAUGUUUGUGCUCGGUGACUUCAGGCCUCAGUCUGAAGCCUUGGCCAGUUUCUGCUGAAGAUGUGAGUGAAUGUUCUCACUGUGUCGCUUUGCUCAUGAUAGAAAACCUAUUGUUUCUUCAUGGGGGAAAGACAUAAUAAGUGGCUUGUCUGGCUGUUUGUGUGCAGCCUUGGCUGGUGGUGGAUCUAAGUAGGCUAAAGGUCACACAGACACUGAUGGUAGCUGCCACUUCCUGGCCUUUAAUCUGUCCCCUGCUUUCACAUUUACUAUUGAUUGGCAGCUGAGAGUAUUUGUGAAAUAGUCAGACGUCCAGGACGCAUCUGGCCUGGAUGAAGCUGAGGCGUCAGAAUAUUACAGGAGCCAGAAUGAAGUGAGGGAUCCGCAGCACGUACAGAGCGGCCUGCAAAACAGAGGAGGGACGUUGUAAUGUGGAACAGAUGGGUCUGAACGUGAACUAUUGUGUGGAGACGGUCAGAGAAGAGACGCUGGAGCAUUUCUCUGUACACGAAAACGGAAUCUAAUGGGAAGUUAAAGUGCUUUAAUUGGAUGUUUAGAUGCUGAGAAUAACAGUCUGAUUCCAGCUGUUGGUUGUCAAACAGCAGAACCCUGGAUUGAAUAACAUCACCCAUGCUGCUGUAUGAGAUGCUGCUUUUAUGAGCGAUUUUAAUAUUUAGUCAUUUCCCCUUUUGUCAGACAGUAAAUGCCCAUAAAGCCGUGAAAGCCUGGGAGAACGGACAGAGGGGCUCAUUGUGGCCGAUGAAGCUCACCGGCGCUCGCUCACACUGGGACCCAGUGAGGACCGGCCUCCAUGUUUUCAUUCUGCCUGCAUGUGGAAACACUGUAGCAGAUACAGUAGAUCCGCUGCUGGAAUCCGCUCACGCUGAAACCGAGGGUCAGUCAACGUUACAUGUGCUUGUACAGACAUUUUAUAUCCCCAGAAAUAAGGAAAACUUAGGGUCACGCCCGCUGCGUCUUGUUGGUUUAGAGCAGAACUGCAGGAACCCUGUGUAACGCGCCCGCAGCCCCGCGUGACGGGAGCCGUGGGCUGUGGAGGACAGGACGUGUUUUGUUUUAAUCAGCGACCCGGCACUGAGACACCGGACGUAGAGAUAUGUGUGAUAAGCAGGUUCUAUGCAAUGCUGAGUUCAGCCGAUUCACGUUGGACAGAGGAGAUAAGAUGAUGAGACACACAGAGACGGACUCAUCCCGCUUCAGAGCGGCCCGUAAACAGACUCGCUGCUUUCAGGCCCGCAAGGUUACGCAACCUCUGUGUUUUGAAGGCUGUCGUGUGACGUUUAGUUGUGACAAGCCUCUGCUGUGGGAAGCAGUGUGUGUGUGUGUGUGUGUGUGUGUGUGUGUGUGUGUGUGUGACUCAGUCCAUUAUCCUGCAGCUCAUUCUGCUCAGCCAAUGAAUCACCCUGAUUUUAUUUCUGACCCUAAUUAUGUAAAAGCAAGUAAAUCUUUUCUUUUUUUGUUUUUUCACUACCAAAUAGUUACCAUCACAUAUUCUAUUAGUUAUAGCUUCAAAGAAACACAUCCAAUGUGGUGCUUGUUGUGUUUCUCAUGUCUGUAAAACUGCUUAAUAUGAACCAUCCAGUCAUCCAGGCUUUAAUUCAAGGCUCACUUCCUAGUUUAGCAGAGAUGAAACACACAUCUCUCCAAAGAAGCUGCAGUGUAACGCCAGCAUGUGUGUGUUUUAGUGUCAAAAAAACAGCAGAAGAAGAAAAGGACGUUCAGGGAGCGACAGACGGGCGAAAGCCGAAAGACGAGAGAAAACCCAUAAAUAAACGCACAGAAACUGUGUAACUGUACGAUUAGAAAGUUUGAAGCAGCUCGUGUUCAGUGCGUAGGACGGUGCUCAGAGCAUCAGACCAGUUCACAUGCCAGCAUGACGGAGCUACACUGGGCUCCAGUGUGCGACCAGAUCAAACACACACCUCUGGAAUCCUUUCUGGACGUGGAGCUGCCUGAAGGUGCUUUAUCUCCGUCCAUUCAACCUCUGCCCUCACACAAACACACAUCUUCCUCUUUCCUUCCUUUCUUAUCUCCUUCUGCUGCCUUUUCUGGGUCCUGUCAGCCACUGAAGCACAUCUUCCUGCUCAACCUCCACAGCCUGUUGUGCCAAACAUCCUGGUCACAUGGUGUUUGCUCUGUAUUUGUGUGUGUGUGUGCACGUUCAAAGUUCAUGGGUGGUGUCAUGCAGUGUUUCCACUGCUGAGAAACGGUGUGACACACACACACACACACACACCCCAACCCCUCCCCCGUGGCUCUGUCCAGCUGACCAACGAUGAGGUCGAGGUCAUCAUGCGCCAUGGUUUCACAUCCUGGUACAGUAAAAGCUGCUCAGUCUCUGGGUAACAUCUGUAUCAGACUGGAUCAGUUCAUGCUGAUAGUUGAUACAGCUGCAGUUUGAGGUUUGCCUCCAACCUGAUGUUAACAUCCAUUCAGCAACUACUGACUUCCCACAUAACUCACUAAACACACUUUUGGGAAACCGGGAUCAACUGAUAUCAGGAGGUGGGAGAACGCAGCCUCCCUCCGUGGCCUUCUACACCAGAUGUAGCCAACUGGUGCACAGACAAACACGCGGUUCUGAGCGGCCAGAACCUUUUUCUCAACGGUGUGAGCUGGCACAGAGGAGAGAGAGAGAGAGAGUGAGAGAGAGAGAGACUGCUUCAGUGUCAGAGUCUCGGCUUAAAGCGCGUUUACUUCAACUCCUCUAAUAUUAAAACUUCCAGGACUGUGGAAACAACAGUGUUUGUGUGUUUUAAGGUGACAGAUAAAGUGUGUGUGUGUGUGUGUGUGUGUGUGUGUGUGUGUGUGUGUGUGUGUGUGUGUGUGUGUGUGUGUGUGUGCGUGUCUGAGGUGAAGCAGACUGUGGGGGAGAGGAUGAGGGAGUCGGGUUCAUCAGAUAGGACAGUGAGUCAUGGGACACGGGAGAGGAUGGUUCUUUAGGUCCUCCCUUGGAAUUACUGCAGUUUGUGCAUUUUCUGGCCAUUUCCUAUAACAGAACAUGAUUUUCUGCAUUUACUGAGAAUGUACAGCCACACACAGAAAACUGUCUUAGGCUCAGCUUCAUCCCAAGAGCAGAGUAGAUGGCGAGAUAUUUUAUAUUAAGGAACUUGUGUUUGACAAUUUAUCAUUUUUCAUAAUAUUGAAGAUUUCCCAUGUUGUAUUGUAAAUAAAUUGUACAUUCAUGA